AUGAAUAUUGUUAGACAAUCCAAGUAUCGUCAUGUUUUUUGUAAACCACUUAAACAUGAAUCUUGUAUGUCAGAUAUAAAAGUUACUGAAGUAUCUUGGGAUUCUUUAUUUUGUGCAGUUAAUCCAAAAUUCAUAGCAUUUGUUGUUAGAGGAUCCGGUGGACCAUUUUUAGUUGUUCCUGUUAAUAAAAUAGGUAGAAUUGAUAAAGAUUAUCCAUAUGUUGAUGCUCAUAAAGCUCCAUGUCUUGAAAUUGUAUGGUCACCAUUUAAUGAUAAUGUUAUUGCUUCUUGUUCAGAAGAUACAACUGUUAAAGUUUGGUUAAUUCCUGAUAGAGGAUUAACAAGAACUCUUUCAGAACCAGUUGUUGAAUUAACUGGACAUCAAAAAAGAGUUAAUACAUUAGUUUGGCAUCCAACUGCAAAUAAUAUAUUAUUGACAGCUGGAGGAGAAAAUAAAAUAUUAAUGUGGAAUGUUGGGACUGGUGAAGCAUUAUUAGAAGUAGAUGGACAUCCAGAUCAAAUAUUUUCAUUAUCAUUUAAUUAUGAUGGUAGUCAAUUUAUUACAGCAUGUAAAGAUAAAAAAUUACGUAUAUUUGAUUCUCAUUCUGGGCAAUUAAUUAAAGAAGGUUCUGGACAUGAAGGUGUCAAACCACAACGAGCAAUCUUUUUAAAAGAUGGUAAAGUUUUUACAACAGGUUUUACAAAAAGAAGUGAACGUUUAUUUGCACUUCGUAAUCCUGAAAAUCUUUCUGAACCAAUUAUUCAAGAGGAAUUAGAUACAAGUAAUGCUGUAUUAUUUCCAUUAUAUGAUGAAGAUACAAAUCUUUUAUGGUUAGCAGGAAAAGGUGAUUGUGCUAUAAGAUAUUAUGAAAUUAAUGAUGAAAGGCCAUAUGUUCAUUAUAUAAAUACAUAUACAACUUCUGAACCACAAAGAGCUAUUGGAUUUCAAAGUAAAAGAGCAAUGAAUUAUAAUGAAAAUGAAACAGCAAGAAUAUAUAAAUUAACAACUAAAGGUGUAGUUGAUGUAUUACAAUUUUUUGUUCCUAGAAAAUCAGAUCUUUAUCAAGCUGAUUUAUAUCCAGAUACUAGAUCAUUAGUUCCUGCAAUGACAGCAGAAGAAUUUGUUGAAGGUAAAAAUGCACCACCAAAUUUAAUGGUUGUUAAUCCAAAUGCUGCUGAGGCAUCAAAACCAAAAAUUCAAGUUGCUAAAAAAGCUAAUAUUCUUAAUCAGUUGCAACCGAGUGCUCAAACAACAACACCGUCACCACAACCUUCACCUCAACCAACAAGACAUCGUCCUGUUGUUGAUGAUGAUAUGGGUAUUGUUAUGCAAUCACAACAAUCACAGAGGCAAGAACAAAGACAAGAACCAAGACAAGAAUCUAGAAGAGAACAUAAAAGAGAACCAUCACCAGGUAAAGGUUUUAAUGGUAAUCCAACACCAAGACAACAAGUUCAACUUAAAAGUAGAGAGGAUCAUGAUGGUGGUAGAAAUAUGACAGCAGGACAAAGAAGGGCUGCUGCAGAGUUAGAAAGAAUAAAAAGAAAUCAACGUGAAGCUCCACCACCAGAAGAAGCAUCACCCCCUAGAGGUGGAUUUCAAUCAAGACAACAUGGUAGUGCAUCUUCACUUUCUACAGAUCAAGGCAUGCCAUCAGGACCAGAAGAAAUGUAUAUGGAAAUUCAACGCCUCAAACAAGUUCUUCGUUCUCAUGAAAGACGUAUUCGAUUGCUUGAAGAUCAAUUGGCUGAUUUUUCAAUGUCUAAUACUUAUGGAUUAUAA